GAAUCGUAUGUAGACAAAGUUUAAGCAACUUCAAGCCGGGUUCAAAAUAAUAAAUAUUUUGUUUGCGUAAAAUUUUCAAGUUAUUUGCAAUUGUUUUGUAUGAUAAGUUUAUUGCGUAUUUUAUAAAGAAAUGGACACAGAAAAAGUUGAUCAACUUGUAAUUCCACCUGAAGAUUCGACAAAGCCCAGCGAAGGUGACACGACGACAAUACCCGUGAUAACUAAUGAUAAUGAAAGUAAAAAUCACGAAAAUCCGCAGUCAGAAAAAGUGCAGACUAAAGAAAACGAGGAAAUCAAUGGAGCAGAAAUUGACCAGCACACGGAAGAGAUGGAUGUCGAAAUUCCUGUCCUAAAUUAUUGGGAUUAUGAAAUCCCACCAGAUUUUAAACCAUCAAAUUAUUUAGCAGUUAGUUCUGUCGAACCGAGUAAUAGAAAGAAGCGGCUCAAUUUCUACAAAGGAUGUAAAUGGUCUCCUGAUGGUAGUUGUCUAUUAUCAAAUUCAGACGACGACAUUCUCAGACUUUACAAUGUCCCGGAAUCGUUAUACACAGUCAGUGAUUGGAAUAACUAUACCCCGACGGAGAACAGCUUAAGUAUGGAGUCUGUUUUGAAAGUUGAAGAAGGUGGACAAGUCUAUGAUUAUUGUUGGUACCCUCUAAUGUCUUCGUACGAUCCUGUCAGUUGCUGUUUCUUGACCACAUCAUCAGACGCACCCCUCCAUUUAUGGGAUGCAUUCACAGGAAAACUUCGAGCAACCUAUCUUGCCUAUGACCAUUUAGACCAAGUGGUAGCCGCUCACAGUGUAGCAUUUGAUACAACUGGCCAAUCAAUCAUUUGUGGUUUCAACAAGAUGAUACGAACCUUCGAUAUCACUCGCCCAGGGCGACACUGUACUGACAGGAAGUUGAAACACGCCCAAAUCACAGAGCUCAGCCAACCUGGAAUCAUUUCCUGUAUAGCUGUAAAUCCUGCCCUCAAAAGUGUAAUGGCGGUUGGAAGUUACCUGAAAACGGUCGGAUUAUAUCACGAUGAUGGAUCCGUGCUGUGUAUCUUGCAAGGACAUCUGGGAGGCGUGACUCAUUUAAAAUUUAGUUCUGAUGGGACGAAAUUGUUCUCUGGAGGGAGAAAGGAUUCAAGACUGAUAUGCUGGGACAUGCGAUAUAUGGGAGAACAUUACACCAUAUUCGACAGAGUUGUGACUACACAUCAACGAAUUUAUUUCGACACCACGCCCAACGGAAAGUAUUUAGUCAGUGGUGGGACCGAUGGAGUAGUACAAAUUUGGGAUUUGCUAUCAUCAGAGGAAACUACUGCUCCACACUCUUCUUUUCAGGCUAAUCCAGAAUGUAUCAACGGAGUUAGUGUCAACCCAUUUAUCCCACUUCUUGUAACAUCCUCAGGACAAAGACACGUGCCUAAAGUGCCAAACUAUUCAGAUAAUGAAGAUGACGAAGAAGAUUCUCCAAAUAUAUUUGCAAGUGAAAAGAAUAUAAAAUUGUGGAAAUUUUGUUAGUGAACAGUGAUGGUUUCAUUUUUACUUUGGACUUGUAUAAUACAAGUUGUGUUUAUUAAACUGUAUUUUUAUA